AUGGGAUGGGGCAACUGGAGACCCAGGUUCAACUUCGGACACCUGAAGGUGCAGUCCAAAGUGUCCGUCUUUUUGACCAUGAUCAUUAUCGUCACCUAUCUGUUCUACUGCCUCACUGGAUACUGCGAGUCGUUGCCUCGACCCUUGUACGACCAGCAAAGUUUGAGAGGGAAAGUUCACGCCGAUGACGGAAAGGUGCAUCUCGCGCAGAGCCACCGAGCCGGAGCGCACUGGAACAUUUCUGUCCUCCGCGAACUUCCAUCGUCCAACGGACUCGAGUCGCUCUUGCAGGAGAGCGACGACGACGCGACUAACCGGCGGCCACCCGGCAGCCGCGCACAGGCGAUGGAGUCCUCCAGCGCCAACAUCACAGUGUCGAACAAUUUCGGGACCAAAGAGUUCCCUCAGGCGAUCAUCAUCGGCGUGAAGAAAGGGGGGACCCGGGCGCUCCUCGAGUUUCUCCGGAUUCACCCCGAUGUUCGGGCCGUUGGAUCAGAGCCACACUUCUUUGACAGGUUCUACGACAAAGGUCUCGAAUGGUAUAGGAGUCUGAUGCCGCGCACGCUGGAGGGCCAGAUCACCAUGGAGAAGACGCCGAGCUACUUCGUGACGCGCGAGGCCCCGCGGCGGGUGCACGCCAUGGGCCGCCACACGCGCCUCAUCGUGGUGGUGCGCGACCCCGUCACCCGCGCCGUCUCCGACUACGCGCAGACGCUCAGCAAGACGCCGGGCCUGCCCUCCUUCCAGGCGCUGGCCUUCAAGAACGGCACGACGUCGUUAUCGUCGUCGUCGCGGUCGUUGUCGUCGAGGUCGUCUUCUCCGCUGCGCGGCGUGGUGGACACCUCGUGGAGCGCGGUGCGCAUCGGCGUCUACGCCAAGCACCUGGAGGCGUGGCUGCGCUACUUCCCGCUGGGCCGCUUCCUGUUUGUGAGCGGCGAGCGGCUGGUCAGCGACCCGGCCGGCGAGAUGGCCCGCGUGCAGGACUUCCUGGGCCUCAAGCGCGUGGUGGGAGCCAAGCACUUCUACUUCAACCAGACCAAGGGCUUCCCGUGCCUCAAGAAGCCCGAGGGCAGCAGCCGGCCGCGCUGCCUGGGCAAGUCCAAGGGGCGCACGCACCCUCCCAUCCCCCAGGAGGCGCUGCAGAGGCUCAGGGAGUUCUACCGCCCCUUCAACCUCAAGUUCUACCAGAUGACGGGCCAGGACUUUGGCUGGGACUGA